CCUGCCAGCAGCACUAGCUGCCGCCUCUGCACCCUGCCCGUGCAGGACAGACCCGUGUCUCCUCUAGCUUCGGUUGAGGAUGCCUAGAAGUAAAAACGGUCAACUUUCGAUUAAGUCCCAUUUUUUAAUCCAUUCUCGUCGAGGACUAGGACUCGCUCGUGCCGACUGAACGGUAGUCGACUACCAGUGACGUGCUGCGGUUAACGUAAGCAUAGUCAGGAACUUUCCAAAACACUACAGUAGCGUUAGCUAAAUGUGCUGUCAACACCCUUAGUGUGAUAGUUUUUUUGAACAGCUGUCUUACAAGAGUCCCUCAGUUAUAUCUCUUUUAUAUAUCUUGUGUUUGCUGAGGCUUGAGCAGACCUUCAUAAAGGACUACAGCACUGGGAUGAUUUUAAUGAUCUGAGACACUGCUGUCAAGGGAGAUCCACAAGAAAGCUGAUCUGCGUAUGCGGGUUUGGACAAUUGAAUUUGCAACUUGGGAUCUUCUCACCUUCAUUCGAAACCCUAAACGGCAUUGAACUUCAAAAUGGAUGGAAUAGACACCUUGCAGAGCUUGGCCCCAGAGACCAAGGCUGAGCGAAUUGCUCGGUACAAGGCAGAAAGGAGGAGGGAGCUCGCUGAGCGCUAUGGCAACACAGACGAAUUCACCUCCAAAUAUGUCCGAAGGGACAAGAAAAUUGGUGACACAGCCGAAACAGUGUCUUCAGAAACCAAGGAGAAGGAACAAUGUGAGGAUACUGGAUCAGAGCAAACAUAUACCAGGAGGGGCGUCAGGAAUAAAGCAGCAGAGCCUGUGGAGCACAUUGAUGAUGAGCAACCCCAGGAAAAAGAUGGUACCACUCACCUCAAAACAGACCCAAUUUUAUCAUCUAAAUCAGAAGCUGUAUCCUCCAUGAAGAUGUCCUCUCAUUUGAGGCGGCUGGAAACCGAUGACACAGAGGAGCCAAAGGUGGACGAGAAGCAUGUGAUCUCAACCAAGAGGACUUCCAGCAUGUCUCUUUUUAAGGAGCUGGAGGGGUCGGAGGAUGGCAGCAGCCAAUGUGCCAACGACAGGGUAAAGUGUCCGCUAAUGAGCAGUACAACAGAGGAAUCCUCUACCAGCCUUUCCAAAACCGAUAUAAGCAAGUUAAUGGAUGAUCAAGAGGCCACGGAUGAAACUUCACGGGAGGAGCAACAUGAAUGUCCUUCCCCAAGCAAAGAAACGCCUUCCGGACUCCUCUCUGACAGAGCUCUCCCCCUCAGCAAGAACAGAGAUGCCUCUCCCCCUCCCUCUCCUCCCUGCCAGCUUGCCUCGCUGCAGCGCCAGGACUCUGGGCCUCGGGGCAUCAAGGGAAUCCUAAAGAAAAGCCGCUCCACCAGCGUGGAGUCGGACCACAGCGAGGGCUCGACGCCAGACUGUGCGCCAGCCCGACAAAGCAGUGUUACCCUUAGUCACCCUGAGAGCGAGGAGGAGAUGGAGGAGGAGAUGGAGGAGGACAUAGAGGAAGAGGUCAAUGGGGAAAAUGACAGAGAGGAUGAGUCAUUAACUGAUGAUCUCACAGACGGAGGGAGCUUCAGCAUGGACGGACAACAGAGGGAGGGAAGCAGCAGCAGCAGCAGCAGUAGUAGAACGAGCUUUGAGGAGAGGCGAAGUCCCUCGCCUGACGAGAGCCUGGAGAAGACGUCCACAGUGUCGGAGGAUGUUGAGGAACUGGACAGCAGUUUGGAUGGAAGCCAGGGCUCUUCACUCAAACAAAGACUGGCAGAGUUCACUAGUGAAGGUGAGCAGAAGGACAGACUGAAGAAGCCCAUACCAUCCAGUCUAAUCCAGACAUCACUGGCGGAUCGCUUCGGUCAGCUCCAAAAUGCUGAAAAAGAUUGGAUGAAAAAGAAAUCCAAUGUAGAUUUGGGGCCCAAGAUGUCGCUGGCAGACAGGAUGAAGAUCCUUAAAGACAAGGAGGAGCAGUGGAAGAACAAAGGCAAAGGAGCAGCCAACGACUCGGUCCAGUUCACUGUGGCUGGACGCAUGGCCAAGAGAGGUCUUGUGACCGAUACUGGUAAGGAAGAGUCACCUCUUAGUUCCAUCAAGAGAUCUAAUGCCACGCCUGUGAAGCCACAACAAGAAAUCUCCAGUAGAGCUGAUGUCAAGGUGGAAGGCGAUAAAAGGCUCGACAAGCUAGAGUCUUUCCUCGACAAGCUCCACAAUAAAGGCGGGAGUAAAAGCAAGACAUCCACCGUCGAGGUGACAGCAGAGAUGGAGAAAGAAGUGAUGACCCUGGAUGAUGACGAGACGUUCGGCAACUUCUACAAAUCUGUCUCACCGUCCACACUCCUGGACUCCAGUGUGGUUAUGACAGAGGAAGACCUCAGCCAGAUCCAGGCCGAUACACCAAAGCUCACCUCAGCUGUAGCAGAACACAAGCGAGCAGUGCGACCAACGAGAAGGAACCAGGGCUCCAGGAACCCUCUGCGGGCUCUGGCUGCCCGCAACGACAUCCGCCAGGUCUACACUGAGCAGAGGCUUAAUGUAGCCUCGUUGGAGACCAAGAGGAUCCAAGUGGAGAGGAUGGCAAAACACUCCAAAACAAACCUGGCUGAUGUGGCAUUGGCAGGCCUCGCCAGCAAGGAGAACUUCCGCAAGAUCAGCCUGCGCAGUGUGAAAUCUACCGAUGUUGUGACCAACAACAGUACGCUGCCUUUCAACAAGCUCAUGCUUGUGCGCGUCAAAGGUCGGAGGCACAUCCAGGUGCGCCUGGUGGAGCCCACAGCCCGCUCUCUCAACAGUGGCGACUGCUUCCUUCUCAUAACGCCAAAGCACUGCUAUAUGUGGAGUGGAGAGUUUGCCAAUGUCAUUGAGAAAGCUAAGGCGUCGGAGAUGGCAGCGUUUGUUCAGGCCAAGAGGGACCUCGGGUGUAAGGCCUCCCAGGUGACAGUGCUGGAGGAGGGUAUCAACACUGACAGCAGAUGGGCCAAAGAGUUCUGGAGUCUACUGGGAGGACAUACCCAAUACAGAGGGGCAGGGGAGCCAGAGGAGGAUGAGCUGUAUGAGAGUGGGGUGGUAGACUCUAAUGGAGUAUACAGACUUCAGGGAGACAAACUGGUGCCUCAUGAAGAUGCCUGGGCCUCCAUCCCAAGUGUCUCCUUGCUCGACUCUAAAGAGAGCCCCGUCCACUCUAUUGAACGCCCCCCACUGGACUUGGAACUGCAGCCAUGUGACGCCAAGGCCCUGCUGGACAACGAGCCAGAGCCGGUGAAGACCGUUCUGGAGGGGGUCAACGUCCAGCGGGGCCACGGCUUGGUGAGGUCAGAUGAUGGCAGACAGGCGGAGUUGGCUACAAUAGCUGUAGACGCCUGGCACAUCAAAGAGCACGGUGAGGAGGAACUGCCCAAAGAGAGCCUGGGCCAACUGCACGAGGGCGACGCCUACAUCAUUCGUUGGAAGUACUCUAUUACCACACUUGUGGGUAAGCGGCAGAAACCCGGGGAGCUGAGCGCUGGUGCUCCUGGAAGAGAGAGGACUGCUUGUUUUUUCUGGCAAGGCCGUCACUCCAGCGUCAGUGAGAAAGGAACCUCGGCUCUAAUGACGGUGGAGCUGGGCAGCCACAGAGGGUCACAAGUGUUGGUGAGUGAGGGAAAAGAGCCGCCGUGCUUCCUCCAGCUCUUCCAGGGAGGUUUGAUCAUCCACAAGGGCAGCAGAGAAGACAGUGCGAACCACACAGAUGGCUGGAGGUUGUUCUGUGUUCGUGGUGAGGCAGAGGUGGAGGCCUCACUGGUGGAGGUAGAUUGCCAGCAUGCCAGUCUGCGCUCUCGGGCUAGCCUGGUGCUUCUUAGUGCUCAGAAAGGUAUUCUCUACUUGUGGCAUGGCUGUAAAGCACAUGACAGUGCCAGGCAGGUGGCCAAAAGAGCUGUGGACAAACUAACCGAGAGGUGUCCCUCAGAGUUAGGACUGUGCAGCACCAGCAGCGUGACAGUUGAGGAGGUGGAGGAAGGAUCUGAACCUGCAGAGUUCAUUAAGGCUUUGGGCCCGCAGGACAAGAAGGCCUACGACUGUAUGCUGCAAGAUCCAGGGAAGUACAACUACACACCCCGACUGUUCUGGCUGAGCGCCAGCUCCGGGAUAUUCGAAGGGGAGGAGCAGCUGUGUCCAGCCAGGGUGAUGGAGGGAGUCAUGGCGAUGCCCUUCCUGCAGGAGAACCUCUACUCCGCACAACAGCCAGCCCUGUUCCUGCUGGAUAACCGUAUGGAGGUGUACCUGUGGCAGGGCUGGCAGCCCGAAGACACCCAGUCUACCGGCUCUGCAAAGAUGCGCUGGAACAACGAGAGAAAGUGUGCCAUGGAGACCGUGCUGCAGUACUGCAAAGAGAAGAACCCUCGGCGCCCCCCUCUGGCCUAUCUGGUCCUGGCAGGCUGUGAACCUCUCACCUUCACCAACAUCUUCCCAUACUGGGAGAACAACACCAGUAUCACUUCAAAGACUGAGAACUCCAGGAACAAGGUGAUGUUAGUAAAGGAGGCGCUGUCUCAGCUCAGUAAGCAGCAGUACUCCAUCGAGGAGCUGACCAGCAAACCACUACCAGAGGGAGUGGACCCUCUACGCCUGGAGGAUUACCUGUCGGACCAGGACUUCAAGACACUUCUUGAGGUGAGUCGAGUUGAGUUCAACGCUCUGCCAAACUGGAAGCAAAAGAAUCUGAAGAAAAGCAAAGGCCUGUUUUAAAACGUAUCUUUUUGUACACAAAUGUGCCCAUUCUUUUAUAUUCUAUAUAGCAGCUUUUCUUACAUUUUUUUUAUUCCAAGAAGAAAAUGAUAUCCUCAUUUUGUAAGGAUAAAGAAAAGCAUAUGUACAAUUUUGUUUAAAUGUUGAUCUAUUUUUAAUAACAAUGCAAUUUUUAAUGUUUUCCUAUGUCACUGAAAUAUUUUAACCGAUCAUUAUGUGCAAUUGUUAACCUUUUUUUGAUGGCAAGAUGUUUUCCUUGUAUGGUAAAAAAGUUGCCCUCACAUUAUAAAUAUGUAAUAUACCAUAAAUGAAUGUGUUAUGUCUGACACCAGAUGGUGUCAAUAUUUGUGUGAGAAUGUGUUUGUGUGAAAAUUGCCUGUGGUUUCAAAAGUGAGGCGAGUUAAUCAUUAAUUUUUAUAUUUGACGGUAAAAGCCAGCUCUGUGUAAUGGGAUUAAAUUGUUCGGCAAAAAUGUCUCCACUUAGAGGUUGACAAAGAAAAGAAGCAAAACAAGUCAAAGUUCACAGAACAAUCCCUAUAAUUUGUUUGUUGUGCGUUA